AUGUCCGACGCUACAGCUGUUGAGUGCGACUUCCUUAGGCUGCUACAGCAAGCAUCCCCAGCCAUCAUGGGUCUCCCCCGAGCGUCGCUUGCUACUAGGACACCUAUUCUCGGACUUGUGUCCCUGACAUUUCUCUCUGCUACAGUAUUCUGUGAUUUGAGUCGUCACUCAGGCAGUCUCUUCAUCCCAUGGCUGGAGUUUGAGAACUCUUAUCACCUUGAGAAUUCUGGUCACCAGAGCCUGUUCGAUGAUCCCCCAUGGUCGGCGGGAUAGGCUCCUCUGCCCGGCGGCGUACGGUGGCUACUCGCUACCCCUGGACGACCCCGCAGUGCUUCAUAUGCUUGCUGGCCGUGGCGGCGGCGCUUAGUAACGUGCUGCUCUUCCAUCUCUACGUAUCGAGGCUGCUUCUAGGGGGUUCCGUGCCCUUCUACUCGAGCGCAGGGUGGAAGCUCGGGUACAAGGGGCACGAGUGGGACGAGGAGCCCUUGAGGGUGUUUGUGGUGCCGCACUCGCACAACGACCCCGGGUGGCUGCUCACAGUGGAGCAGUACUACAACAAGUCGUCCCAACACAUCCUGCACACCAUCCUGCGCUCCUUGUCUCAGUCCCCCUCGCGCCGGUUCAUCUGGGAGGAGAUGUCGUAUUUGAGCCGGUGGUGGAUGGACGCCACCGAGGAGGAGAGGGAGGGGAUGAGGGCGCUGGUGCGUUCAGGCCAGCUGGAGAUCGUGGGGGGCGGGUGGGUUAUGAACGACGAGGCCAACACCCACUACUAUGCGAUCAUAGAACAGCUCACUGAGGGCAACACAUGGCUGUAUGACAACUUAGGAGUGGCACCCACCAACAGUUGGGCAAUCGAUCCCUUCGGUCAUUCUGCUACCAUGCCGUAUCUGCUGCGGAGAUCCGGAUUCUCCAACAUGUUAAUUCAGCGCACCCACUACGAGGUCAAGAAGGCCCUGGCAAAGCAGAAGCAGCUGGAGUUCUUCUGGAGGCAGGCUUGGGACAGAUCAGGGGGUAGGACUUUUGAGGCUCGGGACAGGUCCGGGGAGAGGACUUUUGAGGCGACUCAAGAAUGGAGACAGGCUAGGCGCGCUAGGGAAAAGUGGGGGGGCAGGAUGAGGAGUGGUUUGUUCUCGCAAGGACAGGGAGCGGAGGUUUACGGAGGAGAGAAGCAGCAAGAGGAGGCAGGAGGGGAAGGGAGCACGGACAUUGUGUGCCACAUGAUGCCCUUCUAUUCGUACGACAUCCCACACACGUGCGGACCCACUCCGGGUGUGUGCUGCCAGUUUGACUUUUUGCGCAAGAGAGGGACAAAUAAUUGGUGCCCAUGGGGGCAGGACGCAGUACCCAUCACAAGGGACAACAUUGCACAGCGAGCACAACUGCUGGUGGAUCAGUGGCGCAAGAAGUCUCUGCUAUUCAGAACCAACGUGCUCCUGGUUCCUCUGGGGGACGACUUCCGCUACUCGUCCAUGCUCGAGGCCCACGCCCAGUUCCACAACUACGAGCUGCUCUUCCGCUUCAUCAAUUCAAGAAAGUCUCUUAAAGUCAACGCCAGCUUCGGCACCCUCGAGGACUAUUUCACUGCCAUGCGCACCGCCUCCUCCAGACAGAGGGCAACGCGGAGAGCAAAGCAGCUCGGGCUUCUUCCAAAAAAACUUUAUCCCCUCAGGCUCUUUUCAAACAGUCUUGAUUCAAAUAGGCCCAUUCCAGAUAGCCUUCUUUCAAAUGCGCGCCCGCUGCUCCCGUCGUUAUCGGGGGACUUCUUCACGUACGCGGAUCGGGACCAGGACUACUGGAGCGGGUACUUCACCUCGCGGCCGUUCUGGAAGGCUGUGGAUCGCGCGCUCGAGGCCAACCUCAGGGCGGCUGACAUCCUCUACGCGCUCUGCUGGUCCGACUGGGAAAGCUCUCAGCCAAGGGAGGAUUCAGCGACCUUCCAAGGGACGAUGGUUGGGGGCAGCAGCAUCGAGCUCGGCCGACUGCCCUUCCCCCUCAACUUUGCGGCGCGGUUGGUGCUAGCGCGGCGCAACCUGGCGCUGUUUCAGCACCAUGACGGCAUCACAGGGACGGCGAAGGAGCAUGUGGUGAAGGACUAUAGCGUGAGGAUGCACGAGGCACUGACAGACCUCAAUGACUUCAUGUGUGCUGCGGUCGCUGCCCUUCUGCUCGGUGCCUCCAACCCUUCUGCACCAACCUCCACCGCUCUCAACUCCACCGUCCUUCCCCAGCAGCGCUCCCCUUUCCGAGCUGAGCGGCGAAGAAGGGCGCAUGACGGCCCAUGGGAACGGCUUGUCGUGGGGAGUGGGGUGGGGGGGAGAGUUGGGGGAAGAGAGGGGCAGCGGGACACCAGGAGAGUGGUGGUGUACAAUCCGUUGGAGGAAGAGAGAAGGGAGAUCAUAUCAGUCCUCGUCAAAUCCCCGUCCAUAGCAAUCGUCGGGCAGGGAGGGAAAUGUUUCCCCGGGCAGCUGCUGCCCGAAUGGUCAAAGGCCAACAUGACUGUCACCCCUUCUUCCGGCCGGCACCGUCUUUUCUGGGAAGCUUCCGUCCCACCCUUGGGCCUUUCCACCUAUUUUAUAGUCUCCCGCGCUGCUGUGCUGGCCUGCCCUGCUCCUGCCCUGUCGUCCAUAUCUGUUUUCAACCCCUCUCCGGGGUUUGUGUGCCCGGUUCCGUAUGCGUGUGAGAUGGUGGGGGGAGGGGGGGAGGGGAGUGGUGGAGGAGAGGAGAAUGAGGCUGGUCCCGCUGCUGCUGCUGGUGCUGUUGAUGGUGCUAGUGAUGCCGCUGGUGGUGCUGCUGGUGCUGGUGGUGCUGGUAGUGCUGCUGGUGCUGGUGGUGCUGCGGAUGUUAGCAAGGAUAAGUUCUCUAUAUCCAACGGCAAUUGCGAAGUGGAGCUUGGGCGAAUGGAUGGGCUCAUCAAAGGCAUCACGCUCCCUGCAAUGCCGGCCCCACUGCCUGUGAGAGAGCAGUUUGCUCUCUAUGCCAGCUCAGGGGGGGCCUACCUCUUCCGGCCACAUGGCGCAGCCGUUCCUAUAGUGAAGGAACAGCAGAGAGGGGGGAGAGUGAAGAAAGGGAGUAAUGGGGAGAAGGAGGGGAGUGGUUACAGGAGAGAUACGGGGGAGAAGGGGGGAGAUACGGGAGAGAAGGGGGGAGAUACGGGGGAGAAGGGGGGAGAUACGGGGGAGAAUGGGGGAAGUGGGUCUGGGAAAGAUAAGGUGGAGAAUGUGGGGAGUGGGCAUGGGAGGGUUAAGGGGGAGGAUGGAGGGUCUACUUCGUUAGUGUGCAGAGGACCGCUCCUGGAGGAGGUGCAUACACGGUUCAGAUUCACCCAUCCGACGAAUUGGACGGCUGAGAUGCAAGCUGGUGAGGAGGGGAGUGAGAUUAGUGGUGGUUGGCUGGUGGACUGGGAAUCUGCUUCUGCUGCAGCACGGAAGCUGCUGGUUACUGAUAGUGAGGCACACAAUAGCGAGGAUGAGAUCAUCUUAGAAGGUGGUGGUGCGAGUGUGAGUGAGUCAUUGAAUGGGGGAGAAAGUGAGAGGGCGAGUGAGGAAGCAAAUGAGAGAGGAAGAGGAGUGAGUGAGGGGGCAAGUGGGGGAGCGAGUGAGGAAGUGAGUGAGGAGGAGUUGGACGUACUGCAUCCGCGGCAUUUUGAGGGGAAGGAAGCACCGGGGGGUUUGGUGUGGUUGACUGGCGAGCAGCAGCGGGUGUUUGGCAAGUGGUUGGAGCAGACACAGCCAGAGAAAGAGGAGACUUUUGAGUCGACCCAGAAGACACAGCCGGAGAAGCAGGAGGGGACUGAGGGGGCGGAGACAGCUGCACAGGAAAAGGAAGGUGUAUUCUCGGGGGGUUCAGAUGCUAGGGAUGGUGAUGUUGCUGCCUCGGAUGUUGCAGUCCCGGGUGUUGCUGCCCCGGGUGUUGCUGCCCCGGGUGUUGCUGCCCCGGGUGUUGCUGCCCCGGGUGUUGCUGCCCCGGGUGUUGCUGCCCUGGGUGUUGCAGCCUCCGUUGUUGCAUCAUUGGGGGAUUCAGAUGCUAGGGAUGGUAGUGUUGCAGCCUUGGACCUUGCAUCCCCGGGCGUUGCAUCCCCGGAUGUUGCAUCCCCGGGCGUUGCAGCACCGGUUGUUGCCGGCCCAGUAGCCACAACCCCCGUUGCUGCAGCCCCAACUGAUAAAUUCCGGCGGUUUCCUGCCGCGAUUGUCGCAGCAGCAGAGGCAGCGGUGGCAGGCUUUGCAGCCGCAGUGCAGAAUGCGAAGCGGGAGGAGGAGGAGAGGCGUGAGGGGUGGUGGAAAUGGGUGAAGGAGGAGUGGAGGAAGAGGACACAAGGGGAGGAGAGACCUUCUUGGAUGGACGAUGACUUCACCUACUCCCUUCUCUCGCGUGCUGAUGCUGCAUCGGAGGAGGGCUUCGAUGAGAUGUUUGGGGGGGAUGGGCAAGGGCAGGAGGAGGGGGAGAGGGAGAGAGAGGAGGGGACGAAGUGGACUGAGAGUGUGGCGAGGGAGACGAGGGAGUGGAUUGAAGCCCGGGAGAGGCAGAGGAGAGGGGGUGGUGCCUUGUCUACUGCUGCUGCUGGUGCUCCAGAUGGUUCUACUGGUACUGCGGGUCUUGCAGGCGAAGGGGAGGGCAGCUCGGAUCAAGAAAGCAGCAGCAGGAGAAGGGAAGAGACAGGGGAGGGUGGAGACUACCAGCCAGAGUCCUCAGUCCAGCAGCAGCUGCAGCCCCAGCAGCAGCAGGAGCAGCAGCAGCAGCAGCAGCAGCAGCAGGAGGGCAACGGCCCGCCAGAGCCGGUGGUGCGCACAGUGGCACUGUAUAAGGUGCGCUCCGCCCAGGCUUUGCUGGUGGAGGUGCAGCACCGAGUGGACCUCACAGACAGUGUGUGGCUCGGCAACAAGGAGCUUGUGGUUCGGUACCAGACCGGAAUCAGGUCAGGCAACGUUUUCUUCACCGAUCUGAACGGCUUCCAGAUGGUCAAAAGGGAGACCCUGUCUCGCAUCCCCAUUCAGGGCAACUUCUACCCCAUGCCCGCCCUCGCCUUCCUGCAAGAUCCCUCUGGCCUUCGCUUCUCCGUGCACACCAGACAGGCAGUGGGCGCUGCUAGUCUCAAGAGUGGCUGGCUCGAGAUGGUGUUAGACAGGCGCUUGAAUCAAGACGACCAGAGGGGUCUCGCCCAGGGAGUGACUGACAACCGGCCGCUGCACUCCCUCUUCCACCUCCUCCUAGAGGCCAACACCUCCUCCCGCCCUGCCCCCUCCCGCUCCUCCUCUGCGCCUCUCAACCCCUCCCUCCUCUCCCACCGCAUUUCCUCCCACCUCAACUACCCGCCCAUUCUUUUCGUCGGGCAGCCCGAAAAUUCCUCGGGUCUGAGCGAACUGGUGGUGCAGGGAGGCUCGGGCAGGGAAACCAGGGCUGGUAGUCAGGGGGGGAAGGGUGGGGAGGGAGAUUGGGGAGCUGGGAGGUGGGAGAAGCAGCAGGGGCGGAACUCAGGUCCGGGAACAGGCUUGGCGGAAGUCUCGGCAGGAGGUCCGGCAGUAGGCUCGGAGGAGGGAGGGGCGAAGUUGGGGGGAUGGAAGUGGGGCUAUGCUCCUCUGUCUGGUCCUCUGCCUUGCGACAUGCACAUCGUGUCCCUCAAAGUGCACCGUCCGAUGCCCAACGCCUCGGCCUCUGCGGAGCCUCCCAUUGCUCUUCUGCUGCAUCGGCAUGGCGUUGACCAUAGCUUCGCUCCUCCUCGCCAGCUGGUUCAUUCGUGCCGCCCCACGCGUGCUUCUGGCGCGGUGUCUCUAGAGCUACUGUUUUCCGACAGGUCGGUGGAGGGGGUGGAGGAGUUUCCCUUAAAUCUAGUUCGGAAGAAUGCCAGCAGUUUGCAAGGGCAUGAAAGUGGUGCCAGGUUGGGAAUCGGGGAAAGUGACACGGAUUCAGGGGAAAGGACGAGCAAGAGCGAGCACAUAGUAGAAUCUAUGGAAAUAAAGGCGUUCAAAUUCUGGUGGAGGAGCAAGCAUUUGGGAUAAUACGUUACGGUAGUAUGUCAGAAGUGUGCAGUUGUGGAAUUUGUAUGAGUGAAUAGUAUUAUGACCGAGCCGAGCUCAGCUUUUAUCCAAGCCUGCCUACGCU